CAAGCCCAUCCCUGACAAACAUUUAACCAUCUCCAUUUCGCUCAUUUCGACACCAGACUCCAAAGAUGAAGUUGAUGCUAGUGCUCGCGCUAGCCGUGACGGCUGUUUGCGCAAGCAAAGUUAGAUAUGACGGGUAUCAACUUGUGCAUGUUACCCCAAAAAGCGAUGAACACGUAAAGAUUCUUGCGCAGAUGCAAGGUGAUUCUACCAAAAAUGGUCUUAUGUUCUGGACUGAGCCAGUGAGUGUGGAGCGCAUGGUUGACGUAAUGGUGCCUCCCCACGCCUUCAUCUGGAUGGCUAGAACUCUCAGAGACAACGAGAUGCCAUACACACUUGCAGAUACUGAUGUUCAAAAAAUGAUUGAUGAGGAAGAUGCAGAGAAUAACGUUGGUCUUCGUCGCAUGCGAACUAGAGUCGGAAAUGACGCAACACAGUAUUCCACUAUCCUUGGAGCCUAUCAAAGGCAUUCAACCAUUAACGGUUGGUUGAACAGCAUUGCUUCCUCAUACAGUAACAUUGCCUCUGUAUUUAGCAUUGGAAAAACAUACGAGGGCCGAGACAUGCGAGUCAUCAAGAUCGGCAAAGCUGGGGCCAAGAACAAAGCAAUUUGGAUCGACGCUGGUAUCCACGCAAGAGAAUGGAUCGCUCCCUCAACCUCUCUAUACAUUAUCAACCAGUUGUUGACUGGGUACAACCGUGAUGCCACUAUCACCAGACUUGUAGACACAUUCGACUGGUAUAUCCUUCCGGUAGCCAAUCCCGACGGUUAUGAAUAUUCCCACACAAGCAACCGUAUGUGGAGAAAGACAAGAUCACCAACCAAAUACAGCUGGUGCACUGGAGCCGACCCCAACCGAAACUUCGAUGCCGCAUGGAAUUCUAUUGGAACAAGCCCAAACCCUUGUUCCGAUACCUAUGCUGGGGACUCUCCCUUCUCCGAGGCUAACACAAGGAAUAUGAGAGAUGCCAUCAAUUCCCUAAAGGAUAGAAUGGCCAUGUAUUUGUCCUUCCACAGCUACUCCCAGAUGUGGCUGACCCCCUAUGCCUACACAAGCAGAAGACCCGUUGAUUACGCUGAAAUGGAACGUGUCGCUAACAUCGGAGCUACUGCAUUACAGAAAGUGUACGGUACCAGUUACAUCGUUGGCUCCCCACCACAGAUCUUAUAUGCCGCUGCUGGAGGUUCAUACGAUUGGGCCAAGAUGUAUGCUGGUGUCAAAUACUCAUACACUCUUGAACUCAGACCCGGAAGAGGUGCCUCAAAUGGCUUCAUUCUUAGCCCAAGCCAAAUUACACCCAAUGGACGUGAGGUCUGGGCAUCCGUUAUUGCUGUUACCGAUGCUUUGAAACUUGACUCAACUUCCGGUUCUGGAUCAGGUGGCACCUGGGGCGAAUGGUGGGGAAAGAAGUAAAACUUCCCAAGCAUCAUCAAUGUAGAAAUUUGAAAAAUCAUUAAAUUUUAUAAGAUCAUUGAAAAUAGUUGUAUUGUUGCCUUGCCUUGCCUUGUCAUUCACGAGGAUUAAGGAUUUAUAUAUCAAAGAAAAGUACAUAUAGUUUACUGGUGCUUUAUUAUAAGUAUCCGAUUUAUUAUGUUCUUGCUUUCCUCCUCCUUUAAAAUAAGAUAAAAAAAUAAAUAAAUAGAGAGAUC